CACAGUAUAGACCAGGCUAGCCUUGAACUCACAGAGAUCUGCCUACCUCUGUCUCCCAAGUGCUGAGACCAAGGCACGCACCACUACACCCCUGGCUUGUACUUCUUUAUACUUUUGAACUUCACAGCUCACUGUCUUCAUGCCAGGAACUGUCCUCUGCGACACCUACCUCCUGCCAGUCUUGCUAUUUCCUCAUCACCUAAAAGCCAGUCAGCCAGCCUCAGAGCAACCACGGGAGCCACAGCAGGUCUUCCUUCUCUCACCAUGAAGGUGACCUUCUCAGCUGCCCUCCUUGUUCUAGCCAUCUCAGCGUGGACUUCCUUUGCAGUUGAUUUCUCUCUCCCUAUGAGCCCUCACGUGACCGAUGAGGUCUUCCGGGAGACAAAGGACUUGUGCAACAAGAACGUCAGGAAAUGCUGGAUGCUUUCCUACUUCAAGCCCAGCGAGCCUAUAUGUGCCAGUGACCAAGUUACCUACAGCGGCGAGUGCCAUCUCUGCUCCAGAAUUCUAUAUGAAGGCAGAACCAUAGUUAAAAUGCAUGAUGGAGAAUGUAUUUACUCCGGGGAAGACUCUGGACACAAUUAAAAGUUACUGAAUCCUCAGACAGCCAAGUGAAGCAUGAUGGCUGAGUCUUCAAAGAUACCAAAUUUGGGGGACAGGGGCUGGACUUCCUGGUAGAGUAUUUGCCUAGUAUGUAUGAAGCCUUAGUUCAACCUCCAAUGUUUGGAGGAAAAAAAGAAUAGCUCAUUAAGAAAUGGAUCCUGGUGGUAAAAGGUACUUGGAUCAAAUUCAUUGAUUUCCUUCUUCAAUAAAUGAUUCUCCCAUAAGCUUGGUC